AUACCUGUGUGUAGUGGGGGGAGUGUGUUGGUGCUGUUGCUGCUAGAAAACAUACUCCUGUCAGUCAGUGUUUGAAACUCAUUUUAUUUUAAUUCCUAGGAUAGCAACAUGAAUGAUUCUAGUGAGAGGAAGUUUGAAAUAGAAACCAAACUGGAGAAGGAGCUUGGAAAUCUGAAUCUCCUCAAAGAAAGAGUCAACAAGAGUAGUAGUCUUACUAAAGGGAUAACAAAUAUUUUGUCCAGUUUUGAACAUCGUCUUGCUAGACUUGAAGAGACAAUUCUUCCAGUCUAUAAUGAAACAGGAAAUCUACAGCGUCAGCAAGAGAAUGUUGAAAGAACUCUUAUUGCACUGGAACAUGUAAUAAGUUUCUACAGCGUUAGCCAAGAAGUGGAGCCCAUCAUUCGAUUAGGACCAGGCCCAUCUCAAAAUGGUCUGCCAACUUUGGAACCAUUUUUGAAAGCAAUGGAUCGGCUUCAAUCAGCACUAGAAUAUUUUGAAAAAAAUAAUCCUCAGAGUGUUGAAUUGGAAAAUGUGACAACUCUUUUUACCUCCGGCGGUGAUGCUUUAAAUCGUGAAUUCAAAGACAUUCUCUUUCGUCACAGUAAGCCAGUUCCUCCAAUAACUCUUCUGGAUAUUGUUGCAGCUGAUGAGGAUACAUCAGGAGAAGAUGCUCCACCCUCUUUGUCACAUUUCCCUGAAACAGUUGUACAAGAACUGGUACACAUUGCAGAUUGGCUUAUUGCUCACAAUCAUGAUGACUAUAUGAAUUCCUAUGCAAAAGUUCGGGCAACAGUCAUGAUGAAAUCUUUGACACAGCUCAGGGAGCAGCAGAAAGCUCAUAGUGGUGGAAGCACUCAUGGCUUAAAUACAGCUAGCUCUCCUAUGAUGCGACAAAAAUUCCAAAACCGACAUGAAACCCCCAACCGCAGAGCAUCAAAACGCAUCCAACAUGUAUUGGAAAAAAAAGCUAAUAAAAUGCUUCUUAAAGCUUCACAAACACUAGAGCAAUCAACAGGUCUCACAUUUGGGCCUCGAAGAGCAUCAUCACACUUUGAGCAACGGGAAGAUGUUGUUGAUGAUGUGGAAAUGGAGAAUUAUCUUGUUUGUGUCAUGGCUCUACAAAGACUAAUGCAAAGUGAAAGAAUGCUAAUGGCUGGAAUAAUUCCCUUAUCACAUCAGCCUCGCAUAUUUGAAGCAAUUGUCUCUGAACCCAUGGAUUCAAUAGUACAAGAAGGAGAGAACAUUGCAGUGCGCGCUAAGAGAUGCAUCAACCGCCAAGAAUACGGGGCAGUGCUUGUAAUUUUUCCAAUAUUGAAACACCUUCUCACAAUUCGUCCUGAAUUUGAGAAAAUUGUGGAGGGUUGUGAUUACAAUGUGCGAUCAAAAUUUGCUUCAAUACUUAAUACUCUUCAUAGUACAGGUGCUAAAGCCUUAGAAGAUCUUAUUGAAAGCAUUCGAGCAGAUCCUAGUACUCAACUUCCAAAGGAUGGAACUGUUCAUGAGCUAACCAGUAAUGUUCUAGUGUUCCUAGAGCAAUUAUUAGACUACACUGAUACUAUAGCAGGAGUUCUGGAGAAAGAGCCAGCUUAUGCAGCUGCUUUACAUCAUGCUGGUCUUGCAAAUAGGCCUGAAAGAGCUCGCGCUCUUCUAGGAAUUUACGUCAAGAAAGUUGUUUCCCAGUUGAAUACAACCUUGUUGAGUAAGAGUGAUCUGUAUGGGGAUGUUGCUGUGCGCUCUGUAUUUCGCCUUAACAACAAUCACUACGUUCUUAAAGCACUACAAAGAUCUGGUCUUGCAGAGCUUGUUCAGCUUACUGAAGUUGACUGUCAACAAGUGUAUCAUGAUAUGAUUCAACAACAUAAGAAGGACUACACACAGAGUUGGAGUAGGGUGUUGAAUUAUAUUUCCACUGUUGAUGAUAUACCCCAUACUGUUCUGCAGUCUGGAAAGUUAAGAGACAGAGACAGAAACACCAUAAAAGAAAAAUUUGCUGGUUUCAACAAGGAAAUGGAAGAAAUGGCUAAAGUUCAAAGGGGUUACUCCAUUCCUGAUGUAGAAUUAAGGGAGAGCCUUAAAAGAGAUAACAAGGAAUAUAUAUUACCAAAAUAUAAUUCAUUUUAUGAAAAGUAUGCUAACCUCCAGUUCACAAAAAAUCCAGAAAAAUAUGUUAAGUACACAGGUGUUCAAGUAUCUGCAAUGAUUGAUCGCUUCUUUGAUGUGGCAGCAUGAAAGAAAACCGUGUCAUUUUUGAAUCUAUUAUGCAUAUUUUAAAGGAAAUGUUGCAAUAAAAACAAAGAUGUAUGAA